UUCACUUGCUUCUUCACACAUGGAAGGAAGAUGGAGUUGUCAAAACUGCAAAAACAAGAACAUAGCAAAUCGAACUUCCUCUUAUUACUUGAAAAUGUGGUUGAUAGUUGAUUAAGUGAUCUAUAAGUGUUAUUAUGCUAUUUUUAACACUUGCAAUUAUAAAUAACUCCGAGAUAAUAUUCGAGCUCGUUCCGAAUUGACGCUUGACUAGCGCUGGUGAAAAGAUUUAUCCAAUGAACUCGGAUUACUCAGCGCUCGGUGUUCCAGUCGCUGACAAUAUUCCUCGCCUCCGAAUUCAAUGUGAAUCAUCAGAUCUGUAUGGCGUUAUGCGAUCGGCUCUCUUCAAGGUUGGUUCAUCAGUCUGGUGAUUUUUUCAUCUGUAACUUGAGAUUUUGAAAACGAGAAACCUGGGAUCAUCUUUGAAAGCACUCUUCCAAACAAGGAAGGAAGUGAGAUAUAGGGAGGAAUCCGAACACGGUAUGAAGCGAUCUUGAAGUUUAACUGAAAUGAAUUUUGUAGAAUAGUAGUGGAAUUCAUAAUAAGCUACCAUAAUAAUUGUGAUGAGACUAGAAAAUUGAAGAAUCCAAUUUUGAAAUUUUCUCUCAUCAUCUCAUCCAAUUAGAGGCGUCUUCUGUGGUGAAGGAAGCCUACUAUGUAAUGAAGAGCUCUAUAUGGAGAGAUUAUACGCUUGGAUAUUCGCGCUGAGGAGUUGCAUAGAGAGAUGUACAAGAUUCAGAAAUGAAAUCCGAUAGAAUGAUGGAACGUGUUUACGAUCAGCAUAUUACCAAUUUUGCAAUAUUCAUUGCAUGAUUGAACCUGUUUUUCAGCUGAAAAGUGAAAGUUAUGGGACGAACUGUAUGAGGACACCGAAGAGAAUUGGGAGAGCACAUACCGAGGACUACACAAAACCCAGUAUCUCUCUCUUAUCAAAGUUGCCAUCCUCAUUGCACCAAAAGGCAGAGACUACCACACAUCCGGCCUGAUUCUACUGGUCUACUCUCUACUCAUACAAUAUAUUCUUCUUUACUGUGGUUUUAUAUCGUUAUUCAAGGCCUCCAAUGAUCUAAUACUAUUCAUAGAAAUCGCACACUACUACUCAAUACUAGUAGCAGUUCAUAUAUUGUUCGUGGAGCAUUACAUUUGUAAAAUGAAGAAGAACCGUCAGAUAUUCCAAGUGAUGGACAUUGAUAUCUACGAUUAUGGAACUGAAUUCGAUAGAAAUGAGAUGGAAAAUAGUAGAUUGAAAACCAUCUACUAUAUGUCGUACAUUAAAGUUGGCGUGACGGUGUCUCUCUUUGUGACAGGGACUGUUCUAUCCCUUCUACCUUUUGUGCAGAUGUUGAGAGGAGUUGAGAGGAUGCGAGACGAUAUCCUUGUGAUUCUUCCUGUUCCUUUUUGGUUCCCAUUCAACACAGAAACGGCUCUCGGUUUUGGUCUAGCCUAUUUUAUUGAGUUGAAUAUGAUAGUUUUCGUGAUUUUCUAUUUGGGCACCUACAUUCCGUUCAUUAUACAUAUGAUGGUUGAAAUUAUAAGUCAUUUUCAGGUGCUCAAUCAUUCUAUUCUGAUAAUUGAAGAGCGAACUUUAGCCAUGUAUAACACUUUCAAGCCACUUGAUAAGGACUCGCCAAGCACCAGUCAGUUGAUGGAUAUGGAGGAUAGUCUGUAUGAUCGCUGCUACUCAGAAUGUCUGAGGAAGAAUAUUUUCCACCACAAAGCAUUAUUAGACUUCGUAGAUUUGUUCCAAGAUGUGCAUUCAACAUUAUUUGGUGUACUACUUGGAGCGAACAUGUUAGUCAUAGCAGCUAUCACUAUAGUCAUAACAAAGGUCGAGAUGUCCAUGGAAACUUCGAAAUUUUAUUUUAUGAUGUUUAUUGAACUUGUCAAUGUAUUUAUCUACUGCCUUCUUGGAACUCUUAUUACAGAAGAGGCGAAAAGAGUUGGGGAAACUAUUUAUUGCACACCAUGGACUUCAGCUUCUAAUAAAAAUCGAGGAAUAGUAAAAUUUAUCCAACUAAGAGUGACACAUGAUGUAGUAUUGAAAGGAAAUGGGCUAUUUUCGUUGAGUCUUCAGCUGUAUAUUCAGAUCAUGCAAACAUCAUAUUCAAUAUUCAACCUUUUCAACUCAGUUGAUACCUGAAAAUUGUUACUUAUCAUCAAAUCUUAUUGCCAAUAACUGGAGGGGACUAGCUAAAUAAUAUUUACAUGAAUAUAAACGCUCUUUCGAGCACAGACGAGAUACAUCUUAAAAUUAUAAAAAUUACCGAACAUUAAGUGAGUUAAACAUACAAGUUACAUGAAUCAGUGUCAUAUGUUAUAGAAGAAACGAAAACAGUUUUAAGUACAUUUCAACCUUUACUACCGGUAUUGAAAUGUGUUGUCAGUGCUCAAUGUGAAACUUGAAUAUGUGAUGUGGUAUUUUUGUAUAUGAACUCAAGUAUUGUAAGAUAACAAAUUAAUUUAGGUGGUUCAAAUCAAUGACUUUGAAUUAAUAACAAAAUUCAC